GUGCCGGUCUCACUUGCCGCGAUGUCCGAGUCUAUCGCGGGUUACGGAACGCGGUGUCUAUUUAUCCUGCCAAAAAAGAAGCAACAAGAAACGGUUCCCGCGAAACUAGUUUUGAAAUUUUCUUUCCUCUGAAAGGCAAGGUCGGCAAAAUAACGUUUUGCUCCAAGACGUAGGCGUGUCCAGAGAGAAGCUUGCUGUUCUUAUUUUUACUUACACGAGGAGCGCUCGUCAUUUAGUUUACUCCAAGACCGCGAACCUCACACUGCCUCCGCGAAACCAAAACUUUGCCUGCAAAGGAUUUUUUCUGCCUUCAAUGUGACGUUCCGAAAAUAAUGAUCAGCUGAUUGAUUUAAUUGAAUGUCGCUUCAAUACUGGAGACGCCACCUGGUAGCGAAUUGAAGAGAUAACUGAGAUUCUUUUGGGACUGUCUUAAUAAAAUGAACAAAAUAAAAGCAAUUAUCGCUUUAUCUGUAUAAAUACUUGAAACCGCCCAGAAAAAUGGUUGAGUCGGGGCUUGCCAACGGUGCGGAGGCUGCAGACAUGGACGAUGUGCGAACCCCUUUAGCUACUAAAAUCCCAGCUGCAACUAAUGGAAACGGAUGUUAUGCUAAUGGACAUCGACCAAAAGGGGUAGCUAACGGUCAUGUUGAGGGAGAAAGCAACAACAAAGUGUGCAAAUAUGUGGACACUGAUAUCAUGGAAGGCACUGACUGUGGAAUUUGGUCUUUUAGGCCAAGCUGGCUCCAACCUUUCGCCAAUAAAAAGGCCUUUCUCAUAGUUUUCUGUCUUACAAGCGUCCUCCAGGGAAUGUACUACACCUAUUUUGUAAGUGUCUUAACCACCAUUGAGAAACUGUUCCAGAUCCAAAGCAAGACUACGGGUAUCAUUAUGUCUGCUACUGAGAUCGGACAAAUUGGUGGGGCUCUCCUGUUGACCUAUUAUGGUGGUCAAGGUCAUCGUCCGAAAUGGAUAGCUUGCGGUAUGUUGGUUUUUGCAGCUGCCUCUAUACUUUGCUCAACACCACAUUUCCUGUUUGGAAGUGGCGAGGAAUUUGCGGGUAACAGUUUAGAAGUGACAAACGCUUCAACGUACAAGAUGCGCGAACUUAACGCGAGACUGUGCCAUGACAUGUCACGUUAUACAAGAAAUGCUAGUUUACCUUCAUCGAAAAAAGCAAAGUCAGAACCAUCCAAAAUGGUUGCGCCUCGUGACAUACCCUCCAGUGCCGAUCUGAAACCGUUGGAAAACUUCACGGAUGAAGCAGAUGUGGAACUCGUCUCCAUAGCUCCUUUCUACAAAGGACGCAUCCAAACAAAAUGUGAUUCCCCUGACAACACUGCUUACCAAAAUCGUGUCCGGAAUGCUGUGCUUUCUGUUUUCUUUGUUAGUCUGCUGUUCAUAGGAAUUGGAGCAACGGCUGUCUACACUCUUGGAAUACCAUACAUCGACGAUAAUGUAGCUACGAGAGAAUCGCCAUUAUAUUUUGGUAUCACGAUAGGUGUUCGAAUUUUCGGUCCAGUGUUCGGAUUUCUUUUGGGAUCGUUUUGCACCAGCAUUUAUGUAAAUUUCCCAUUUGCCAAUCCUGGAAUCACUUCUGAUGACCCCCAAUGGAUCGGUGCUUGGUGGCUUGGUGUCUUCAUUGUCGGAGCAGCUUUGAUUCUUACUUCCUUCCCAAUGAUGGGAUUUCCUCGAAACUUACCACCUCAAGCCGCACUUAGAAACCGGAACAAUGGAGUUGUCUGUCCCAAGCAUCUGCGACACCAACCACCUUCUAUUAUGCCUAAGAAACCGUCAAACAAGAAACCCAGCCUAAAAGAUUUUCCUGCUGCAAUGAAAAGACUGCUAAAAAAUGAAAUACUUCUAUUCAGAACGGCAAGCAGUGUUUUACACAUUUUGCCUAUCGCUGGCCUUUACACCUUCUUGCCAAAAUACCUCGAAAGCCAGUUCCAGUUAAGUGCCACCAAAGCCAACAUGAUCUCAGGUAUGGCUGGUAUUUUAGUCAUGGGAGCCGGAAUUUUCGCCAGCGGCUCUUUCAUGCGUACUUUCAAGCCCAGUGCUAGGUUUGUGGCAAAAUGGAUUGCUGCAUCUGCCCUGGCCUAUUCUAUCGGUAUGGUGAUACUCAUGUGGCUUGGAUGUCCCCUUAAUGACUUCGUGGGACUUGAUGAAGUAAAUCCUGGGAGACCUGGAGGUUUAGCAGUUCAAGCCUGUAAUGCAACAUGCGAGUGUCGUUUAGGAGAAUUUGCUCCGAUCUGUGCAAGUGACGGCAAAACCUAUCUCUCACCAUGCGUAGCUGGUUGUACGAAAGUGCGAGAAGAAGGAGAGGAUUAUACAUACUUGGAUUGUCAAUGUUUAGGAGAAGGAGUCACUGCCAAAAAUGGAUUCUGUACCCUACAAUGUAAUAAUCUCACCUGGUAUAUUGUGAUCUUCUCAUUUUUUGUUCUCAUUCAUUCCACUUCAGAAGUUGGAUCGAUGCUUCUUACUCUGAGGUGCGUUGAUCCGAAAGAUAAGGCAAUGGCCUUAGGAUUAAUAUCAUUUGCUAUUGGAUUAUUUGGAAACGUCCCAUGUCCUGUCAUUUAUGGUGCUGUGGUAGACUCCACCUGCCUCUUCUGGGAAGACAACUGUGGUGAGCCUGGAGCUUGUCGACUUUACGAUCCUGUUAAGUUCCGUAUGAUGUUCCAUGGACUUACUGCAGUAAUCAUGUUGUGCGCCUUCUUUGUCGACGCUUUGGUUUGUUACAAAGCCUCAUCAGUUCGAUUUCAUGAUGAUGAGCUUCCCGUUACCGAAACAAAAGCGCCACCAUUGCCAAUACCACCUAACAAUGAAUCAGCCGUAUAAACUUGCGAGCUGAUCAGUCCAGAGAACACUCUGGUGGAAGUCAAAAAGGAUUUUGUCUUAUUGAACUUUAAUGUCUGCCCGACGAUGAGUCAUAAUGUACAGUUUAAAGCCAUUGAACUCCCAACAUACCAAGUUCAAUACUCAACAAAGACAUUUCUAGGGCUAAAUGCCUUUUACAUUAACACAAAGGUUACCUCCUCUUGACAUAGAGAAUGAUCUUACAGGAAAUUUUCCUGGACUUGAACAUUUCGUUGAACAUAUUGUUAAUUUUAAAUCACGUCCGUGUAAUGCAUUUUUGUUGUUCCUUUUAUCUGAAUCAAAAGCUGCCAUAAUCUUAAAUAUAUUUUUUAAAGUGUGAGUACAUAUCGUACUAGAUUUGUAUGACUUGUCAGAGGACAUGUGCAUGAAAGAAUAUGAAUAUAUAUCUUAAAUGUAUACAUAAAUUGUGUAUUCUUAUGAGAGUUGAGAAAAUUUUGAGAUAAGUACAAUAUUUUCUUUUACAUCAUCUCCUGAUCUAGAUAUUGUUAUCAGGGCACUUUGAAUUUGGAUAUGUACUUACAAAACAAAUUGAAUAAAAGCAAUUUGAAAAUUUA